GGGAUCGCGAGGGAGAGGGUGCGGUGCUACGCGUUCGCGCCGGCGAGGUGCGUGUCGCUGAACUUGGCCGUGAAGUACGCGGAUGUUAUCUACUCGGUCGUGCUUCAGGAUGAUUUUCUGCCAAGAACACCAACGCCAUUGGAGCAUAUUUUUGGAUCCAUCUUCUGCUUGCCCUGCCUACUAUUUCUUGUUUGCUUGAGAGACACAUUUAUACCAGAAAAGAGAAAGCUUAAUGAUCCAAGAAGGCUUUAUGCUCCUGGUAGAAUAUACCAUAUUGUUGAGAGAAAAUUUUGCAGAUGUGGAAGAUUUCCUCCUGAGGUGAGGACAGCCAUUCCAGUUGAGGGAAGAUUUGAACACAUAGUACUAUCGUGUAAUACAACAUCUGAUCAUGGUAUUAUUUGGAUAGAAAAAGAAGCUCAAAAGGCUCUUGAUAGAAUGAAGGAAACUAGUGUGGCUACAUCUCCCCCGGCACAGCAAAGAAUGGAGAGGAAGCAGACACUAGAGAAGGAGCACAUCGACGCACUGGAAAGGGCAGUGAGCUUGCACGUGCCGCAUGCAGUGGCACCGUCAGAUGAAGCUACAGCAGAAGCAUUGCUGGAAUCCUCAGAAGAAACAACCAACCCUCCAGAAGAAACGAGCGAAGCGUCCUCACGCGGUGACUCAAAGUUCGGUGGCAGAACUAAUUGGCUAGAUUUGGUUGAAAAGCUCUUUUCCAGAAACGAGUCUGGAAACCUUGUUCUAAAGAAAGACAUCAGUGUUCCCUAAUAGCUUCUGGUGGAUUGAUUGUCCUUUCCUCUUAUAUGGAGUUUUGUGUGCAUUCUUUGCACAUCAUAUAAAUUGUAAAGCAUAUUAAUUCCCCCUCAUCUCUUGAUGUGGUUAUGUUCGCGUCGAUUGGUUUUUUUGGGUUUUCAGAGUUUAGAGGUAGAAAUCCAAAAUGAGCACAUGGAGUUUUUUCAGAGUCAUGUGUUUCUGAUGAUUUCGAGUCUACCAAUAUAUUAAUUGUUUAUUUCCAUAUCAUUAAAGAAAUGGAAAUUUUUUCAUUCAAA